AUGAUGAAGAUUCUUAACGGUAACACCCACACCGACAAACGUGGAACCACCAUCGGCGCUUUCAAGGAGAUCAUCCUUGAAGAGGACGAGUACUUCACUUCUAUCUCCGGAUAUUUUCAUGCAUUAUCCAAUUAUCAGGGACAUGCAAUUGUGAUGUUGCUUACUCUUGAGACUAACAAGGGUGCAUCCAUAAAUGUAGGCAACAAGAUUGGCAGUUCUUUUGCCCUUACCUUAGAGGAUUGGGGUAGGAUUCUGGGCUUCUUUGGGCGAGCUGGUACAGCCAUUGACGCUAUUGGAAUUCACUGCUCAUUGCCAAACUAA